GCUCGCCUUCUCCAGUCUCUCUCACUUCACUCGAGGAAAGAUGGAAGGCGAAGCAAAGCCCGGCGUCGGCGAGCCCUCUUCCUCCUCCUCCGCCUCCGUCCACUCUCCAAAGGUUGAACACCAGAACCUAGUGCCGAUACAUGAAGGAGUUACGUAUCUGGACCCUAGUGGGAAACUGACAAGUCACACUCUUCAAAUACCCUCGAGACCUAUAAAUAUUGGCGGUGAUAGUUAUGAUGAACAUAUGAUCAAGACACAACAAAGUUUUUCUAGAGGCUGUUCAUCAGGUGGAGGCCUUUCUCGUGGCUUAAGUUUUAAAAACAAGACGGUCAUACUAGAUGGUGAGCGAAGCUCCCUCCUAAAUCCAGAACUUGGUGGACAAUCAUACAGCAGAGUGGGUCCUGAAAAUGCUGUCCUUUCAAACUUUGUUGCGGCAUUCUCAUGGAAAAGAUGUGCAUCACUUCCUGCCACACCAGCAUCAAAUUUGCCACUUUCAUCUGCCUCUCCUAAAGAAAAGACAACUAAUGAACAGCAGACACCCCAGAAAUGGACAAUUCCAACAAAGGUUUCAAGGUCCUUGUCAGUACCUAUGCGGAAUAUUGUAAUUGUGAGAUCUGCAUCUUUCCCUAGUCCCAAAGAGAUUAUACCAUCAGAACCUCCAGAUGGUCAGCUUGGCCCUGUACAUGUGGAGGAUAAUGAUGAAGAGAUUCCUGAGGAGGAAGCUGUUUGCAGGAUCUGUUUGAGCGGGUUACAUGAAGGAGAGAGCUGGCUCAAGAUGGAGUGCAGCUGCAAAGGUGCCUUAAGGCUUACCCAUGAAGAAUGUGCAGUGAAGUGGUUUAGUAUAAGAGGAAACAAGAUUUGCGAGGUCUGUAGUCAAGAGGUACUCAAUUUACCAAUAACAUUGUUACGGGUGCAGAGACCUGCUCUAAGGGACGGUGGUCAGCAACAUACUAGAUCAGGCUUAUUGUUAAGCAGAAGCUGGCAGGAUGUGAUUGUACUGGUCUUGAUUAGCACAAUGUGUUAUUUCUUCUUCCUUGAGCAGCUGCUGGUUAAUGAGAUGAGAUCUCAUGCAAUUAUGAUUGCUGCACCAUUUUCAUUAACCUUGGGCCUGUUGGGAUCAGUGCUUUCAGUUGUCUUAGCACGCAGAGAGUAUGUUUGGGCAUAUUCAGCAUUUCAGUUCUCACUUGUGGUCAUAUUUCUCCAUCUCUUUUUUGCUGUGUUCAAAUUAAAAGCAGUUUUCGCUAUCCUGUUUGCAUCGUUUUCGGGGUUUGGAAUUGCGAUCGGAAUGAAUUCAUUUUGUCUUCAACUUUUUGCUUGGAGGACUCGUGCUAUGCAAGCCCGGAUGAAUGCUAACCCAGUGUAAUGGAGGGAGCUUUGUAACAUAUAAGUUUGCUAUCUUUCAUCAUGGACACAUAUUUCAUUGAUAGUGUUUUUGUUCUAGACCAGACAAGUACUUCAAAUAUCAAAUUUUGUUCCUUUAACUAGACGUUAAUGGAUGUUUGAAGCAUAGACUUUAUAUUAGUGCACAAAUAUUUCUUCUACA